CAGUGCCAGGAGAGCUGAUUGUGGAACGUAGUACCUUAUCUUUGAUAAGGUACAGUCUUGGAGAAUUUCUUGGUGAUUUGUUGUAUGUGUGUCCAGAACUUAAGGCUACUGUCAAGGUGGAUACCUAGGAAUUUUCCCUCUGAGUGUUGAGGUUGAGACCAACAGUGUUUAGCUUACGUGCGAUGUCAUCCAUACCAGGCAGUGACUAUACCUACAAAGCAUUGGCAGUUUCUGUCCCUCGAGAUCACGUCUACCAUGUCCAACUCAAUCGACCAGAUAAACUUAAUGCUCUGAAUAAAACUUUAUGGAGGGAGAUUGGUGAGUGUUUUGAUAAGCUGGCUGAUGACCCAGACUGCCGAGCUGUGGUGCUUAGUGCAGCUGGUAAGAUGUUUAGCAGCGGAAUUGACUUCAACGAUUUGGCAGAGAUUGGGGGCAUCGUUUCGAGCGAUGAUGAUGUUGCACGAAAAGGCCGUGCAUUACACAAGCUGAUAAUAAAGUAUCAAGAGUCUUUCACUUCCAUGGAGAAGUGUCCCAAACCAGUUAUUGCAGCAGUACACAGUGCAUGUAUUGGAGCAGGAGUAGAUCUCAUCUGCUCCGCUGAUAUCCGCUAUUCCUCCAGUGAUGCUUGGUUCCAAGUCAAGGAAGUUGAUGUGGGUUUAGCAGCAGAUGUUGGUACACUGCAGCGCCUUCCCAAGAUCAUAGGAAAUCAGAGUCUUGUUCGUGAGCUCUCCUUCUCCGGCAGGAAGAUGCUUGCUUCUGAGGCAUUAGAAUGUGGCUUUGUCUCAAAAAUUUUUGAAGAUAAUGAAAGCUUGUUAUCUGGAGCUCUAGACAUGGCCUCUACCAUAGCCAGCAAGUCUCCUGUAGCAGUCCAAGCUACCAAGAUGGCCUUGGUGCAUGCUAGAGAUCAUCCUGUGCAAGAAGGACUGGACUUCAUUAGGAUAUUGAAUAUGUCGAUGCUACAGAGUGAAGAUGUGAAAAUUGCUGCUAUGGCUCAGAUGAGCAAGGGAGAGAUCAAAGCAACAUUUUCAAAGCUAUAAAUACAGUAGAAUACAUCUUCAGAAAGCCUAGCUAUUAGUUGUAAGUUAGUGUGACAUUUCUGGAGUGUUUUAAUGAUGUAGGUUACUCAGAGCUCACUGGUAUAAACAUAAUGUAUAAACAACACAAUAAAAACAAGGAUAAAGUUAACAAACAAUAAAAGUAAUGAACAUAAACACUUGACACAAAUAAUACUAACAUACCAAGUUAAAAUACCCAUCCAGAAAGAGAAGCCAGUUAUAUUACACUUGUGUGAAGUUUAGCAUAAUACUAUUAUAGUACCUUUCCCAUCCUGAGGCCUCCUCCAUUAUCUUUCCCAUCCUGAGGCCUCCUCCAUUAUCUUUCCCAUCCUGAGGCCUCCUCCAUUAUCUUUCCCAUCCUGAGGCCUCCUCCAUUAUCUUUCCCAUCCUGAGGCCUCCUCCAUUAUCUUUCCCAUCCUGAGGCCUCCUCCAUUAUCUUUCCCAUCCUGAGGCCUCCUCCAUUAUCUUUCCCAUCCUGAGGCCUCCUCCAUUAUCAUUCCCAUCCUGAGGCCUCCUCCAUUAUCUUUCCCAUCCUGAGCC